UUUCAUAGACAGGACUACAAAUUAUUGGGUUGGGCCUCACUUUAAGUCCAACAACCUUUUUUUUUAAUUUUUUUUUUCCAAAGAAUCUGUCACAUUGAACCGGGUUGAAACCAUCCAUCCAAAUGUAACCCGAAGUUACAUUUCCUCCAUGAUUGUGAAAUGGCUUCCAAGAGCUUGAAGCUAUCGAAUUAUCCACGCUUCUUCUGCAAAUUCAAUUUCAACCCUUUAACCCCUCAACGCUUUUCACGCCUAAACAGCACCAGAGGGAAAAACUCCAUAGGUUUGAGGCAGUACCCCCCAGAGCUCGUUAGAAGCUUCUCGGCUGCACAUUUUCAUCAUGGCAACUCCACCCAAAAGAAAGGUCAUGGACAACCUCACUAUCUUGAUGAGUCUCAGGCGGAGAGAGUAAGGGGAAUCAUGGUUAAAGCAAAGACAACAAUAAUGUUCUACAAGCGUAGCAUAAGUGGUGGUGAUUGUAGUGUAGGAAAGGAGUCACCUACAUUUUCAGAAAAUCCUAUUGGCAGUCCUGAGUCAUGUUCAGAGAUCAAAGUUGAUGUUGACACACUCACAAGAAUCAUCAACGACCACCCUUUCCCAUUGCAACCCCUUCACCCUACACUCCUCCACCUCCUCCCUCCUUCCUCUUUCUCUACUUCCCUUGUGGAAAAUGUUCUCGGCCGGUUGUUUGCUUCACAUUCUAAUGGUCUCAAGGCCUUGGAGUUCUUCAACUACUGCCUCAUCCAUUCCCAUUCACUCAUAAGUCCUGAUUCACUCAACAUGACCCUCCACAUCCUUGCACGGAUGCGUUAUUUUGACAAAACAUGGGUCCUAUUGCGGGACAUUGCAAGAAGUCACCCUUCUUUGCUCACCCUUAAGUCAAUGAACAUUGUGCUCUCCAAAAUCGCCAAAUUCCAGUCCUUUGAAGACACCCUUGAUGGGUUUAGAAGGAUGGAAGAUGAAGUGUUUGUUGGCAGGGAAUUUGGCACUGAAGAGUUCAAUGUGCUUCUUAAAGCAUUUUGUACACAGAGGCAAAUGAAGGAAGCCAGGUCCGUGUUUGCGAAGCUUGUGCCACGGUUUACUCCUAAUACCAAGUCCAUGAAUAUUCUGCUCCUGGGGUUCAAAGAAUCAGGUGAUGUUACUUCUGUUGAGCUUUUCUAUCACGAAAUGGUUAGGCGCGGUUUUAGUCCGGAUGGAGUGACAUUUAAUGUUAGGAUUGAUUCUUACUGCAAGAAAGGUUGUUUUGCUGAUGCUUUGAGACUUCUGGAGGAGAUGGAGGGGAGAAAUAUUGUCCCUACAAUUGAAACUAUAACUACUUUGAUUCAUGGAGCAGGGUUGGUUCGAAAUUUAGGCAAGGCAUGGCAGUUUUUUAAUGAGAUUCCUUCAAGAAACUUGGUUGCCGACACUGGUGCUUAUAAUGCUUUGGUUACUGCUUUGGUUAGAAAUAGAUAUAUUGAAUCUGCUUUGUCCUUGGUGGAUGAGAUGGCUGAAAAACACAUCGAGCUAGAUGGUGUCACUUACCAUACAAUGUUCUUAGGAUUGAUGAGAUCAAGAGGGAUUGAAGGUGUUAGUGAGCUUUACCAGAAGAUGACUCAAAGGGGUUUUGUUCCAAAAACAAGGACAGUUGUAAUGCUGAUGAAAUUUUUCUGUCAAAAUUAUCAGCUUGAUUUAAGUGUAGGUCUAUGGAAGUACCUGGUGGAGAAAGGUUACUGUCCCCAUGCUCAUGCUUUAGAUCUUCUGGUCACUGGGUUGUGUGCAAGGGGUUUGGUGCAUGAUGCUUUUGAGUGCUCCAAACAAAUGUUGGAGAGAGGAAGAUAUAUGAGUAGUGCAUCAUUUCUGAUGCUGGAGAGGUUUUUGUUGCAGGCAGGUGACAUGGACAAGUUGAAGCAGCUUGACCAGAUGAUUAAAAAAUUGCAGAGUGUCUUACCACCGUCUAGAGGAAACACUACUGGUAUUUCUACCUCUAGGGUUAUAGCGUAGCAUCAUUUAGGCUAAUAGGAAGUCAUAUGAAGCUUUAGAUACAGGCACCAUGCAUCCUGAACUUGCACCUACUGGAAUCAUGCUUACUGAACAAGUUGGCUAUGUUGUAAAUGGCAUGCAGCAAACCAAAGAGACUUGUGUUAGUGAUACUGCUUACCAUUCUCAGAGUGUCAAAGAGCCUCUUCCAGAAUGUUCAGGAUGAAGAGCUGAUGAAGAACAAAUAUAUUUGACACACUUGAGCACCAAGCAUGUGGGUAUUGCAGAAGUUGUAACCUUUCGGUAUUUUGUAGUGAGGGGAGAUAAGCUAAAGAAAUUCCAAGCCAUAGAGUCCUGCAUCCAUUAUCUUUCAAUGUAUGUUUGCAAAUUCUAAACUCAUCAACAAAUGCACUUCAAUUAGACAAAUGAUGAUCUAACCAAUUCAGUUUCUCGUUUCUAUCUUCCAGCCAAUUGAAGCGCGAUUUAGUUCUGAUUUCUCUGUCUAGCCUAAUUUGGAGCACACUGAACUGAAGCAUUUAGUCAAACACCUAGGCUAUGUUAAGAGUGGAGAUAAGUGACAACAGAACUUGUUGAAGCAUUUAGUCGAACACGUAGGCUAUGUAAACACUGG